AUGAACGAAGCUGUAAAGGCUGCCAAUAACAAUAUAAAGAAGAUUCUGAGGAAAAUAAUUGACAAUCACCAAUGUUUGCAUGAGAUGGUGAGAUAUGCUUUAUUGGGUUAUCGGAAUACUGUCAGAAUGUCGAUUGGAGCUACGCCAUAUCUCCUUGUAUACAGAACACAAACAGUCAUACCAGCUGAAGUUGAGACACCGUCUUUGAGAAUCAUCCAAGAAGCUGAGUUGAGUAACGAUGAAUGGGUUAGAAAGAGAAUUGAUCAGUUAAAUUUGAUUGACAAGAAGAGAAUGGUUACCGUUUGUCAUGGUCAACUAUAUCGACAAAGAAUGAUUCAUGCUUUCCACAAGAGAUUCAGAGCUACAAUCUUUGAAAUUGGUCAAUUGGUACUUAAACACAUUUUUCCUCAUCAGGAUGAGUACAAAGGAAAAUUUGCACCAAAUUGGCAAGGACCCUACAUGGUUCACAGAGUAUUUUCUGGAGGUUCUUUGGUCAUGUCGAAGAUGGAUGGCACCGCAUGA